UGUUGGGACUUGGACGCAGGCCUUCUGGCCUCGAGGUAAGGGAUCAGGAUCCGCGUCCGGACUGUCUCUUGCCAGGGGUUAGGAUGUGUGGAGUGUCCCGGCCACGCUGCGAGGGGAUCGAUCCCACAUACUUGGUGCUGAAACUGACCCUGGGAGUCUUCGCGACACUUUUCUGGUUGCUGGGACUACUCAUCUUGUGUAUCGGCAUUUACGCAGAAGUGGAAAGACAGCGGAACAAGACAAUGGAUGGCUUCUUUAUUGCUCCAGCCAUCAUCCUGUUACUGCUGGGUCUGGGCAUGUUCACCGUUUCCUUUGCUGGCAUGAUUGGAGCUCUGCGAGAUAACGAACUGCUGCUUCAAGUGUUUAAGUGGACGCUCGUCAUUGUGGUGGUUUUGCAGUUGAUUUUCAUAAUCGUUAGCUUUUUAUGCCAGAAGAAGGUGCUUUUGGUAUUUAAAGCCAACGUGCGGGAGGGGAUUAAACACUAUUAUGAUGACUUGGAUUUCAAAAACAUUCUGGAUCGCAUACAAAUCAAGUUUUCAUGCUGUGGGGGAGAUGACUACAUGGACUGGGCUGUGAAUCAAUACCAUGCUUGUGAUGCACCAGGACCACUGGCCUGUGGAGCACCGUACACUUGCUGUGUGAGGAAUCAGAGAGAUGUCAUCAACACUCAAUGUGGAUACCAGACACUGCAUCUAGAGCGUUCCGAGGUUGAUGGAAUCAUCCACGCUCGAGGCUGUGUCGAUGCGAUCAAUCUGUGGUUCAUGGAUAACAUUGGCAUCACAGUGGGAAUUCUUGCUGCCCUGCUCCUGCCACAGUUUGUUGGGAUUGUGCUGAGCUGUAUGUACCUGAAGAUACUAUCACAACACAUGGAUGAACCGGAUGGGUUCAGAAUGUUUGUUCCUUAUGAGCUGCUGGAUCUUUCAGGUGCUGGAUGGUGUAUGUGUCUGCCGAGAGAGGGUGGCUACCAACAAUUACAAAGAGCUGACAGCAAUGCUGACAUCCCGGAUGCACUGGAUUCUGUUCAAGAAAUGCAGCUGAUCAGCACACAGCAAGGAGAAGUGAACUGAGAAAAGAUCCCAAGACUCAACGAGUGUCAAAGUCUGUCAUUUGCCAGUUCAGCAACACUGAACAGAAAUGCAGCAGCUUUGGCAUUCUCCAUAUGUAAUAGUUUUUGCUAAGGUUGUCUGGUGUAGGAGAUAUCACUUUUUGGUAAUGGUAUUCUGUUACCAUGAUAGCAAAAACCAAAUGACAAAUGAAAAUGAGCUCAAGUUUACUGUAUUUGGAGUAGAUGCUGUCGAUCCUGUGCAACUCACUCAACCCCCAUUACUCCCCAUGGACAAUUCUGCAUUUCACACGGCCUUAUACAUUGAAAAUUAAAUUGGUUUUUUCAACAAGGAAAGGGACCCUCCAUAAAUUACACAGUUAAAUCUGAUGGAGAAGUGACACAAGUUGGAAAUAUAUACUUUCACUUUGCUGAACUGCAAUCUCAGUUGUUGGUCUUGCUGUAACCACUGGAGGAGCUGCUGAGUAGGGAGCAGGGACUUUUGGUUUGAGAUCAGGGCAUGCUUCCAAUAUGUUUUUAGACUCCUCUUAUCAUCCAUUUAUUUAAAUCCUGCAACCCAAAGUUCCAAGUGCCAUACAGUUUUGUGUGUUUCCAUUCUGGAUUAGCCAAUGUACAUCUUAUACUACAAGUAGUUUUAUAUUCUCAUUGUGCUACUUUCUAUAGAUGGAAAGUCAGAGCAAUGGAAUAUUUGCAAGUCAGGUCACCCUCAGUCAUUAGCCUCAUUGUGUUUCAGCUUGGCUGGCACCAGUAACAUUAAAAUUACCAUCAGAGCAAUGCAACUGUUGUAAAUGUUACCUUCCAUCAUUUUAAUGUCAAUGGAGAGUUAACUCCCUUUCAAUGGUAUAAUCGAUUCAAUUCAAUUCCAGCGACAGCAAGAUCUCCAUUUCCCUCGUCAGGAGAUAAUGUAGAUUCAACAAGAUAAAGUGACUGUGACCUUUGUGUGCUGGUCUAAUACGUUUGGCAAUGGUAGCUACUGCAUACUAUUGCUGAGAGUUCAUUGCCUGUUGACCACCUCGCCUUUUCACUGUCAGUUUUACACUAUGGUAAUACAGUGAUGUAUCCUGAGCUUCUCACCACAAACUACCACUGGUUCAUCAGAAAAUGACACAAUUUCACAUCACAUUGGUUUUAUCUUGUGUCAUUAUUUCAGGCAUUCAUUGACACUGGUAAGAAAUUGCCAGAUUUCUUUUGAGAUAAGAGAAGCAAUUUUCAAUACAACGGGAAAUGUCUUGAAAAUACUCAGUAGGUCAGGCAGCCUCUGACUAAUAAUAGUCAACACUGAUAAAAGACCACUGAUUUGAAAUGUUAACUCUGUUUCUGUCUCCACACCUGCUGAGUAUCUCAAGCAUGUUCUGUUUAGGUUUGAAGUUUCCAGCACCAAAACUAUUUGAGGCAAUGUAUUCACUGAGAAACUGUGGAAUAGAAGCAAGCUGUAUAGAAACUAAACAUUGAUUCAAUUGGUGUCCUGCAAACGAUCAGCAUUACAGUACUAUUGAGCAAUAGGGGAAAGAUGGUGGAAACUUACACAAACUUAAUACAUCUAUUCAUUUCACAGCUCCAGAACAUUUCAGUGUCUGUUUGUUAGUUCUUUUGAAAAGGCCUUAGAGAUGAGCAAUGUACAAUUUUCAGGUUACUAUCCUUUCUCCUCACAGAGCUGAAUUUGAAGCCAGUCCAGGUGUAGUAGUUCUACUUCUAUCCCUCCUUUUUUCUAGGACAUAAUAUGAGUUGACGUUAGGCCAAACGGACAAUCCCCAUAAUGGCUGUUUUGUUGGCAUUGUUGGAUCAGAUAAUAAAAAUAUCAGUUUUGUUGGUACUAAAGCAUUACUGGGCAGAGCAGUAGUUUCAGUGAAGUCACCAUAGUCCUAGAGGAUCACUCCCCCAGUAGAGAGAGGUUACUGGUGGUGCCUUUAACUCGAGGAUCAGUAGGCCUCAGACAAGAGACAAGGUUGAGGAGGCACAGCUUUCAUGAUAACCUCAGCCAGUACAGGAAUUGAACCAAUGCUGUUGGCAUCAUUCUGCAUUAUAAACCAGCAAACCAGCCAACCAAUCACACUUGUGAUGAAUGGUAUCGUGAGUAGACAUUUAUUCUGACCUCUGAGUGUUUAAAACUGACCCUCCUUAUUCAUGGUGAGCACUCAAAUUCACCUUCAAAGAAGUUGGAUCACAAAGGGGGAUGUCUUUAAUAGGAUGGAAGACAGAAGAGAUUAAGGGUUGAUGGAGCAAGAUAGAAAGGGGUGAGAAUGGGCUGAAUGAAUAAGAGACAUGUCUAAGGAAGAGGUAGAAACAAGGAUAAAGAAUUGUCACCAAAAUCUGCUAUUAAAAACACAUUAGACCUUUCUGAAGAAGGGUCUAGGCCCAAAAUGUCAGCUUUCCUGCUCCUCUGAUGCUGCUUGGCCGGCUGUGUUCAUCCAGCUCUACACCUUGUUAUCUCAGAUUCUCCAGCAUCUGCAGUUCCUACUAUCUCUGUUAAAAACACAUUGUUGUUAACCAUUACCGCAGAGUAUAGUUAGGUUCCAGUAUGUUAGAUCCAUGUGGUUGAGGCUUUUAGAAUUUAACAAAAAAGGGUGAAGGCUGAUAAGACACAGCCAUUAAUGUGAUGUUUGGGAUUGUAAUCAAUUUCUCUCCUCCUAAAACGUUUAUGACCAGCCUUAGCAAAUUAAAUAAAUCAGAGUUUACAUUGAUGCUCACUUUUGUUUGGAUUCCCUUGUGUGUGACUCUACCAUUUAAAGAAAGAAAGCAAGUGGAAAGCACUCAGGAGAUUGUUUUCACAGGGAAUUCAUUUGAGUGAUGGAGAAGAUAAAAAUCGAUGAAGAAGUAAAGACUUAAUAUACACAGAGUGGGACUCCUUCAGUCAUUUCCCCCUCUCAGACGAAUUCAAUCAAUUCUACGGCAAUUUAAAAUUGGUUCAUGCCAUUAAAUUUAAGAAGGAUCUGAAUCAACAAUUGACAAGCCAAGUGACUGAGAAAUAAACAAUGUAGGAUAGUGUGUUUUCCAAAUUUUAGUGGCAGAUGGAGCAAAGUUUCCAUUCUGAUAAACAUCUGGAAAUCACUGCAAUCCUUAUGCUUAAUUGGUUUAAGGCUUGCUCAACUUGAAAUGGAGGGAACAGGUGGCUUCAUUGUAUUUAAACUUACAGCUUUGGAAUUUACUGUGAAUGUCGGUGCCCACUUCUAUGAAAUGUGUCAGUCCUUUUCAGUGGCAGUGAUGAUCAGGAUCUAAAAGUGGCCAAGGCUUUUCUGGUAAAAUUGACAUGCUUGGCAAAUAUUGUCAAAUUAUUCUUUGCACUAGAGGGUGUUGACAAAUGCUUGAUUUUCUUCCAAACCUAUUAUGGAAAUGUGAAUCUUGUUAUGUUAAUUAUAUCAUUGUUUUCCAAAUGCAAAACUGAAAUUGUAUAUUGAAAUUUAAGAUAAUAAUAUGGUCAUAUUUUGUUGAUAAAUAUUUUGUGGUGA